AUGAUGCGGUUUCGGCGAAGGAUAUUCGAACUGGUAAGUUGUAAAGUACAGUAGGGUAGGGUAGGAUAGGGUAAGGUAGAUCGUUUUUAAACUUUUUGCUUAAGGCUAGGCUUAAAUUGAAUUUUUAACUUAUUUAACCUAAAAUUAAAAAUUGACAAUUUUUUUAAAAACCGUAUUUCAGACCACCCUCCUUCUCAUCUUGCCUACCUUAAUAUCAGCCGUAUCCAUCGACAAUGACCUCAUCGGCGAGCCUGACAUCGAAUGUCUAGAUUCCCAAAUCAGGGUUUGGAUCAAGACUAGGAAGCCAUUUGCUGGUCGGAUCUAUGCUAUGGGGAAGGUCGAUGAUGAAGAGUGCAUCAAGAAUGACUUUAGCAAACACAAAAGCAAGAAACCCAAAUUUGACUUGCCUCUGGGCAAGUGUGGCAUGAAGAGCUUGAGGAGUGUAAGUUUGAAGGGGGUGGUUUUGGAGGGUGGUACUAAGGGUGUAUAAGUAGGUUUAAGGUAGGACAGAAGUAGAGAGAGAAAAAAGUAGGGGUGAGGAAAGCAUAGGUAGGGCAAGGGUAGUGUAGACAUGGGGAACGGGUCGGGCUGGGCCCACUUUUCAGGCCGCUGAAUGUUAGGUCCGGUCCUAAUUUUUUUACGUGGAAACGGCCCGUGCUUUUCGGAUUGCGUCGGGCUUUUUUGUGAUUUCCAGGGCCGGCUCGACUUAAAUUUUGCUAAGGCCCGAUGGUAGACUCGGCAUGUUAUCCAUAAUUAGUAGAGCAACGAAAUGGCAAGAGUAGGGUAUGAGUAAACCAUAGGUAGGGCAAGGGUAGAGGAACGAAAUAGCAAGAAUAAGGUAUGGAUAGAACAUAGGUAGGGCAUUGAUUGACUAAUUUUUAUGCAAGGGUAGGGUCUAAAACUUGGGUUAGGUGGGACACGAGUAGGGCAUGAGUAAAUUGUGUGUAGGGAAAGAGUAGAGCAUAUGUAUAGAUAGCAUGGGUAGGGCAUAGAUAGGGUGAGAAUAGGGUAAAUGUUGGCUAAAUUUUGGGCAAGGGCAGGUCAUGCGUAAGGUAUCGGUAGAACAUAGAAGCGACAAGAGUGUGUUAUAAGUAAAACAAGAUUAGGGCAAAAACAAGGCAUAAACAGAGUGUAGGUAGUACAAGGAUAAGGCAUAGUUUAAGUAAGAGCUGGGAAAGGGUGGAGCAGAAAUAGGGAAUGGGCAGAGUAAUAAGCAGGAGUAGGGCAAAGCUUGCGUUGGACGAGAGUUGGAAAGGUGUUUAAGAUCAGGGAUGGAUAAGUUUUUUAAAAGUUUUUAUUUCAGAUGGACCCACGAGGUAUGUACUAUGGUAUAACCUUGGUAGUAUCAUUUCAUCCAUUGUUCAUUACGAAAGUUGAUCAAGCCUUUCAUGUCAAGUGUUUCUUCGAAGAAGUCAACAAAGGACUGACAGCCGAAUUGGGAGUCAGGUGAGUUUACUGUAACAUUUUAUACUGUAACACGUUGUACUGUAUUACAGUUUUUUGAUAUUAUAGUAGUACUAAACUAGGGCUAGGGCAUGAACUUGAUCUAGGGCUAGGAGUAGGGCAUAGACCAUGGCAAGAGCAUGGGCUAGUUGUAGGGCUUGGACCAGGGCCAAGGAUAAAGCUCAGGCUAGGGCAUGCACUAGAUUUUAGGCUAAGAGUAGAGCUAAGACUAGGGCUGAAAGUAAUGCUAAGGCUAAGACUAGGGCUAGGCUAGCGAGUCGAUAAAAUUCAUUCUAAAACGUCAUUUUCAGUAUGAUAGCCACAACCGAACUGGACGCUCGACAUGGCAUUCCAGGCUGUAGUUACAGUAUCCAUAGGUCAUCGAUCGAAGACCUGGACGAUGGUAAGCCUCCAGGAGCUCCAAUUCAAUUUGCCAAGGUUGGAGACAAAGUGCUACAUCAAUGGCAUUGUGAUGAUUGUAAGUUUAAUUUGCUGUGUCGUAUUUUACAAAUUUUGGAUUUUAUUUGUAAGCCUAAAAUUUAAAAAAUUUCAUAUUUUUAAGCUUAAAGUUUUAAAAAUGGCAUAGUGAUAAGCCUACGACUUAAAAAAUGGCAUAGUUUUAAGCCUAAUCUUAAAAAUUUUUUAUAAUUGUAAGUCUAAAGCAAUAAAAAUUGGCAUAACUGUAAGCCUAAUAUUUAAAAAAUAACAAAAUGAUAAGCCUAAAACCAAAAAUGGCACAAUUUUACUUUUAAAACAAAAAAGGACGUUAGGUUAAGCCUAAAUUUUAAAAGAUUUUAUCAUUAUAAGCCUAAAACAUGAAAGUGUCAUAAUUUUAGGCCUAAAACUAAACAAUGUCGUUAUUUCAAGCCUAAAAUUUAAAAAAAAUUGCACAGUGACAAGCCUAAAACUUAAAAAAUAGCAAGGGAUAAGCCUAUAUUUUAAACAAUGUAAUUGCAAGCCUAGAAUUAAAAAGUGUCAUAAAUUUAAGCCUAAAACAUAACAAAAAGUUAUUAUUUUAAGCCUAAAUCUUAAACAUUGUGAUAGUUUUAAGCUUAAAAAUUAAAACAAUGACAUAUUUUUAAGCCUAAUCUUAAAAAUUUUUUAUAAUUGUAAGCCUAAAACAUAAAAAAUGCCAUUCUUUCAGCAAUGUAUGCUAUAUUGAUUCACAAUUGUUAUGUGACAGACGGCCUGAACCAAAAAUCAGAAGUGAUUGACUCUCGAGGCUGUCCGGUGGAUCCGCUUCUGAUUACGGGUAUACGGUACUCGGCCGACCUUCAACGAGCCUACGCCGAGUCGCAGGUCUUUAAGUACGCGGACAAACCAGGGCUGUGGUUCUUCUGUCAGAUCAGCAUGUGCAUGAAGAAGGAUGGGCUGUGCGAUGAGAAGACGGUAGGUUACUGUAUUUUUUAGAAGGAGUAAGAUUGACUGCAGUUGAGCAUGGGUAGAGAAUUGGUAGGCCAGGAGUACGGCGUGGAUAGGGCAUGGGUAGGAUAGGGUAGGGUAGGGUAGGGUUUCAAUUUGAAUUCAAGUAUACUGUAUUUCAGCCACCUCCCUGUUCAACGCGAGAGAGUAAUGUGCGCGCCCUACCCGGAAGUCAUGAAGACAGUGAUAGUGAAGAUGAUGAUAAUGAAGAAGAAGAGGAGACAAACACGACAGAAGAGGAGAUCGAAGAAGAGUAUGAUGAGACUACUCCUCCACCUACUACAAGACAAAGAAGCCCAUCGACGAAGCGGCCGAGGAAGGGCAAAACAACUACGAAGCGACCGACCAGUCGAAAAAACAAACAGUUUGAGUAGGUUUUACAGGGUUUGACGAUGGGUUGUAUCUGCUAUAUGAAAGGCUUUCUAUGAGAGGGUAGGUAGAAGAAUUGUGGUAUGGAGCUGUAUGGCAAUGGCAGGGGUUUGCUAUAAGUAUAAUGGGAUCAGGAUAGUUUUAAAAGCUGACUAGGGCGAUGAACGAGGCCAGAGUUAAGGCUAGCGUCUUGGCUUGGGCCCGAUCUAUGAGUCCAAGCCUAAACUAAUCUUCUCUUAAGCUAGGACUAGGCUAGGGGUUGAGCCAGGACUAGAGCCGGGGCUUCGUCAACGGCUAGGACUAGGACUAUAGAUAAGGCGUUAAUCGCUCUGGGAUAGGGAUUUGGGCUACGAUUAGGACUAGGAUUAGAACUAGGACUAAGGCUAGGGCUAUAGCUAGGGCUAGGGCUAGGGCUAGGGCUAGGGCUAGGGCUAGGGCUAGGGCUAGGGCUAGGGCUAGGGCUAGGACUAGGACUAGGGCUAGGGCUAAAGCUAAGGCUAAUGCUAAAUUUAGGGCUAGACUACAGCAUUUAUCUUUCAAUUUUCAGUGAACGAUCCAGAGGCACCCUCCCAGAUCCAGCGCCAGUGCCGUCUCUCCCCAACACCCCCGAGAAUCAAGGUAUACCUUACGGUGCUCUACCUCCUUCCUCGCCGAUUCUAGCUGAUAACAAUGAUAAUGCUCCGACCGUGUUUGGACCAGGCUUCUCACCCGACAAAGACGCGUUUGAGAAGCCGGUCGGUCGAAAAGAGUCGUCUCAUACCGACUUCGAAACGAACGACGAUCUACAUCCAGAAGAUACGAAACAGUUCGAUCAUCCCACGACGGCACAAGGCUCAGUACGAUUGUCUAGUGCACAGUCGAAAAAAGGUGGCUUUUUCGGACGGUUCUUAGGUUGGUUUUUGGGCACCAUUAACACGUUUUGUUUUGUUUCAGUAUCUUAAUAGUACUAUGACAUUUUUGAACUAGUGCUACAUUGAUAUCUUUUCACUAGUACGUAGUACUAUAAUAUCUUUGAGCUAAUACUUUCAUCUAGUAUUUAGUACCUUAAUGUCUUCGAUCUAGUACUAAAUUGAUACCUUUGAGCUAAUACUUUGACCUAGUACUAAGUAACGUAAUAUCUGUGAGCUAGUACUUCAGACUAGUACUUAAUACUAUGAUAUCAUCAAGUUAGUACUUAGUACUAUAAUGUCUUUGAGUUAAUACUUUUAACUAGUACAUAGUGCUAAAAUAUCUUCGAGCUAGUACUACUAAAAUGUUUUUGGUCUAGUACUUUUAACUAGUACAUAGUGCUAAAAUAUCUUCGAGAUAUAAUAGUACUAUUGCUGUAGUUUUUUAUCUGUUGAUACAUUUUUUGUUUGUAGUACAUACUGGUACUAUAAGAUCUUAGAAUAAGUACUAGUGUUGUUUUUAGUACUCACUAGUACCAUAAACUUUUAAUUUAGUUUUGGAGCUGUUUUUAGUUUGUACUGGUACUAUAAAUGCUAUAAAAGGUUAGGACCGCUUUUAGUACUUAAUAGUACUAUAAAUUAUCCGAAGUAGUACUAGUAAUUUUUAGUUUUUUACAAUGAUUUAUGUUCCAGUACGAAGAUUAUUUGAAAUUUUAGUUUUGGUAACAUUACAGUAUUCUAUAUUAUAAUACUAUUUUUGGUAAUUUUUUUUUGUGUUCUGCUGGGCGGGCUCUACCCAAUUUUUUAAUUUUUAAUUUUACCGUUUUUUUAAAUUUUGUUAGCUUCUUUAACUAUCACCCAUUCACGUUUUGUACAGUACUACACGUACUGUAAAACAAAAUAUUAAAUUUUGUACUCUAUUAUAAAUACUAUAGACUAUUACGGUACUAUAGGUACAACAGAGUAUCGCAAUACAACUAUAUGUACUAUAGAGUAUGAAAAUAGUAUACGUACUACAAAUUAUUUUCAUCAAAAUGCUAUACGUACUAUCAAAACAAACAAUAAUUUUUUUGAUACUAAAAGCCGACUGGUACUGAUUUGUAUGCCAUUUUUAGAUUAUGUUGACUAUGACUCGGAUGUGACCAUACCGCCAACUCUUACUGAACUCUUGGCCAAUCUGCCAGAAGACAUCAACAAAGAGGGGAUUCAGAAGAUGCUCAAGGAUUCUGUGAUGGAUCGGCGAGCUCUACUGAACAGUAUGGAUGAUCUGAUGAGUAAAGUAAGUUAACCUAUGGCUCUUUGAAGAUAAACAUACAUAAGGGACUAUGGCUAUAAUGAUCAUUGUUUAAAACUGAUUUUUAGCCGUAUCUUAGGUCAUCAUAUAAGCCUUUUACUAUAAUUUAAUAAAUAUUGUUUUAGCUAAAGGACAAUGAGAGCGAAGUACGACGAUCGCCGGGCAGCCGGUCGAAACGAAAGCCUGGGGAGAAAAUCGACCGAAUGGAGGUAAGUUUUGGUUUUAUCUUAUUAUAACCCUACCCGACCCUGCCCCGCCCUGCCCUGCCAUACCUUUUUCCCUAGUAUUACCCUACUCUGCCCUACCCUAACCUUCCCUGACAUGCCUUUUCGUAAACUACCUUGCCAUAACCUGUUUCGCCGUGCCUUUCCCCACCCUACCGUACCCUACCUUUACCCCUACCCUAUCAUUAUCCUACGCUACUGGCUUUUAUCUACUUCUACAGUAUAUCAAUGCCAUUUUAGGUAUCCUGGGACUCACAUCGCAUGAAGGACGAUCCGUUCCCAUCAGACAGCGAUGCUCCGAUGAUCUCUGGCCAACUAUUGAUCUACGAUUUGGAUGAAACGCCUCCUCUCGGGGCUACAUUACAUGGUAGGCUAGAAUUGGGGCUGAAGCUAAGGUUGGACGGGACUGUACUGGACUUGGCUGGACUGUCUCAGGCAUGGCUGGGGUCGGCUGGGCUAAAGCAAGGACCAAGGCUAAAGCUAGGGCUCGAGCUAAGGCUAGGACUUAUGAUAGGGUUAGGUCUAAAGCUAUGGCUAGAGCUAAGCCUAAGGAAGUGAUAGGUCUAGGGCUAAAUUCAUUUUUAAGCCUAAGAACCUCUUUGCGAAACUUUAAAUUUUUAGAAUUCGGCGUAGAAGCGGAGCGUGUAGACUCCACUAAUGGCUGUGCCAUUAGUCGGCAUGGGUUGGUGGUGUUGGCGAUGAGUAUGGGCUCAGUGGUGUCGACUCUAUUGUUCGUGUUGGCCAUUAUGUGUAUGAAACAGCGACGAGACACCAAAUCGACCAGAUCUUAUCAUUAA